AUGUAUUAAGAAAAGUCGUGUAAUUAUUUUAUGUAUUCUUAGCAAAGACUUACACCAAAUACAUCAAUAGACAAUUUUGGAAAGAUGCACUUGAACAUUAAUAUCCAGCUGAAAAAUUAGAAUAAUUUUUUAAUUAAUAUCAUAAGAACCCAGAUGAAUUAAAAAUAGCUAUAGAUAAUUUAAAUCUUUGUAAAUUUCCAGAUCUAUUGUAAUUUUGUCUUGAAACAUUAGUAUUUAUGUCAAAACAAAACAUUCAAAAUCAUAAAUACUAUAUCGAGUAAAUUUUAUAAACUUCAAAUUUUCAUAGUUUAUUUAAAAAAGAACUUGAUAUCAUGAAAAAUAAAGUCAAUCAAGCUAGAGGUAUAGAUUUCUAAUAAUUCUAAUAAUUUAUUAAUUAUUUUUUAAAGUUUGUCGAAUACUCAUAAAAAUUAUAAUUGAAAUAUUUACCUUAAUACCUUGAUUAAUUAGAAUCAACAGUUGUAAUUUUAAUGAGAAAUAACUCAAGUUUUAAUUAAUAGUUUUAACAAAUUUAAAAUUUUAAAAAACCAAUAAACUUUUCAAGUAAUAAUCCAUCAACUCAAAUUUAACCAAAUUUAAAUAAUUCUGUUAUUGUCAAUCCAGGAAAUUAUUAAUAAUAAAACUCUCAAAAUAAAUAUUAACCUAGAAAUUAUUAAGUUGAAUAUAAACCAAUUCAACCUCAAAAUUAUUAAUCAUCAAGUUAAAAUAAUACUCCUUCAAAUUAAUAAUAAUAAAAUUUCCUACCAGAACCUAUUUAUAAUCCUUAAUAGAAUCAGUAAUAUAAACCAAGAAAUUAUUUCAACUAAUAAACCCAACAAACAAACUAAUAAUAAUCUAAUUAUUAAAUUUAAAAUAUCCAACAUUCUAAUAAUGAUUUUGAUGAUUUCUAGAUGUUACAAAAAGAUUAAUACUCAUAACCUUAACAGUUCAACUAUUCAAAUAAAACCUAUCAACAGUAAAGUUAUAAUUAGUAUCAAUAAAAUGAUUUGAUGAACUCCUAAAAAAUUUAAGAUAAUUUUAGAAAACUAUCAAUAUAAUCAUAUGAUUCCUAAACCUCUUAUAAACCAUAUGGUUAUAAAGAGAGUCCUUAUGUAGAAAAAAAGUCUUCUUAAAUAAGUUAAAGUACAUCAAUUCAAUCUAAUAAUACAUAAUUUUCAUAAACUUAGGGAGAUAAAAAUUGUUAAUUGUUAAAUUCUUUUAAUUAAAAUGAAUUAUAAGAAAAAAAUAAUUAAGUUUAGGAACAGCAUUUUCAAUUUUUAAAUUAAAAAUACGACAUAAAAUAUUAUGAAGAGAUGAAGAAUUUUUAUACAUAGAAAUAAAAGAAAGAAUAAAAAUCAAGACUUAUUUAAAUGGAUAAUGUUUGUGUAAGUUAUAAAAAUUGCCCAAUAGGACCAAUAAUUUCAGAAUUUGAAAAUGUUUCAGAUAAAGCUUAUGUAUAUGGAGGAAAUAUUUUUGAAAUUCCUUUUGGCUCAGCUUUUUAAAGUACAGAAUUAUUUUUGAACAAUCACUUUUUUAUACUUAGAGAAGAUUAUUUAAAGAGUUUUAGAAUAGUAGUUAACAAUUUAAAAGUAUCUGGUUUUGAAAAUAUUGAUUAUCAAGUACUAUAAAAUGCCUUUUUAUAUUAUAAUGUACUUAUAGAAAAUAUAACAGUGACAAAUAGAGGAUUUUAAUUUAUAGUUACAAUGAAUGUAUAUGAGCCAAAAAAUGUUCGUACAAAUUGGUAAAAAACUACUAGACUUAUGCCAGGUUCAUUGCUUUUAUUAGUAAAUUUUAUUUAAAAUUAAGUCAACAACAUCACUUGAAUUCAUGUUAUUUGGUACUGUCGUCGAAAAACCAAAAUCAGAGUAAAAUGGUAGAGUCUAUAUUUCAAUAACAAUCAUAGGCCUAUCAAUGAAAGAGUAAUUAAGAUUUGUUAAUAGUCUUUUAAGUUAAGGUAUCAUAUAUUUGAAUAAUAAAAGAGACUUAAUUAAUAGCAAUAGAAAAUAAGAUAUAUUUUGAGAUAUAUACUCAUUUUUUAAGUUGUUUAUAAAAUAUUGAGCCAUCUCAUCUUCCAUUUGCUGAUUAAAUUGUUUUUGGUUCAAAGAUAAUGCCAAUUCCAGGAUAUUUAAAUAGACCAUAAAUAAUUAAGGAAGGUAUUUAGUAUGAUAUUGAUUUAAAAUUUGAUUUACAUAAAUAGAAAUAAAUAGGAUAAUAGCAAAGAGUAAAUAUAUUUAGGGAAUGGCCUAAAGUUAAUUAGGAGAGUUUAGAUGAAUCAUAAUUAAAGGCAAUUUAAAUUAUUUUGAAAAAUGGAAUAUCAUUAAUUUAAGGUCCUCCUGGGACAGGAAAGACCUUUUGUGGAGCAUUAGGUGUUAGAAUAUUAUUAUAGAAUUAAUUUAAAUGGAAUGAUUAAUUUCAAUAACGAUAAAAUAAACCAAUAUUGAUAGUCUGUUAAACAAAUCAUGCAUUAGAUUAAUUUUUAAGACAUAUUCUUACGUUUUGUAGAAUGGAUGACAUAGUAAGAAUAGGUGGUAGAUGUAAAGAAAAGGAUUUUGAACCUAUGCUUUUACAAUUUAAUUAAUAAGAUAGAAAAAUACAUUUUAGAUGGGAUUUAUUUUUAGAUCUAAGAGAUGAUCUUGAUAGAAAAUUGAGAAAUUUAUUAAAUCUUAUUGACAAUGUAAAUUAUAAGGAUGUUGAAUAAUAUAUGCCAGAUUUAUUUGAGAUGGUUGUAUCUUAGUAUUUAGAAAUAGAGGAUCUAAAUUUUAAAAAUCCAAUUGAUGUAGAAUCUAAAAAAAUUAUUAUGCAUAUGUGGUUAGAUAAUUUUAAACCUAGAGAAGAAUAAGCUUAAAAAAUUAUAGAGAAGGAAUAGUCUUAUAAAAAUUAUUUAAAAAAAGAAUAAUUGAAUAAAAAACAAUUUAAACCAAUUUUAGUUUAUAAAUAUAGUGAUUUAGAUAUCUAAUUUUAAUUAAAUGAAGAUGCAAGAAAGUAGUUAGAAAAAGAUGAAGAAGAAGAAAAUGUUUUAGAUGAAAAUUAAAAUCUUGAUUCUGAUGAAGAAGAAAAUAGAAAGGUUUUAAUUACUUCAGAAAAUACUGGAAAGGAAGAAUUCAUAAAAAAGCUUAUUAAUGAUUCAAGGACAAUUAAGAGAUUAUUAAAUCGUUUAAGUAAAGAUAAUGAAGCAAGUUUUAUAAAAAUAAUGAAUGAUAUUAAUGGGAACAGAAAUUAUAAAAUAUGGGAAAUGCCUUAAACAAAAAGGAAUAUUAUUUCAAGGUAUAUUUUUAGUUAAAAAUUUUAAUAUUUGUUUAAAUUAUUGGAAGAAGAAGUAAAUAUAUUUGAAGAUUAUAUAAAUAAGUUGAAAUAAGCAUAUAUAGAUAGAGAUCUUAAAUAUAUUUAAAGUAAGUAAAUUGUAGGAGUUACAUUAUCAGGAUGUGCUAAAUAUGCAGAAAAACUAUCAAAUUUAAAUUUUAAUAUACUUAUAGUAGAAGAAGCAGGUGAAGUAUUGGAAUCUAAUUUGGUAGCAGUUUUGUCAAAGUAAAUUAGUCAUUUAAUUUUAAUUGGUGAUCACCAAUAAUUAAAACCACAUAUGGAAUGCUACGAAUUAGAAUUAAAAUUUAGAGCAAAUAUAUCAUUAUUUGAAAGACUAAUAAAGAAUGGAUUAGAAUAUGUCACAUUAAAAUAUUAGAGAAGAAUGAAAUCCUCGUUUGCAGAUUUUAUACGAUUAAUUUACUCAAAUUAUCAUGAUCAUGCUUCUAUAUAGGAAUAAAAUAAAAUUCAUUUAGAAGGAUUUAAAAGUGAUUUAUUACUAUUUAAUCAUCAUCAUAAUGAAGAUUAGAGAAUACAUUCUAGUUCAAAAUAAAAUAGAUUCGAAGCAUAAAUGAUAAUACGAAUGGUAGAUUAUAUGUUAAAGAAUAGAAUAUAAGAGAAAUAAAUAACAAUUUUAACAACUUACAUAAGAUAGGCAUUAUAUAUAUAAUAAGAAUUACGUAAUAGAGCAAUAAAAGUAUAAUCAAUAGACAAUUAUUAAGGAGAAGAAAAUGAUAUAAUAUUAUUAUCAUUAGUAAGAUCAAAUUAUAACAAUAAAUUGGGAUUUGUUGCAAUAGAUAAUCGAAUAUGUGUGGCAUUUUCAAGAGCAAGAUUAGGACUAUAUGUAUUUGGCAAUUUUGAUUUUAUUUAAGAUUGUAUAAAAGAUGAAUUAAUGAAAAAUCCUUAAAAAAGAAAUCCAGAUAUUUCAGAUUUAUGGUUAAAGAUAAUAAAUUUAGCAAAUUAAAAAGGAGUAAUUAAAGAUUUUAUUGAAUUAGAAUGUUCAUCUCAUAAAUAAGUUACAAAAAUAUAUGAUAUUGGAGAUUGGGAUUAAGUUAAAAAUGGUGGUUGUUAAAGUAUAUGUAAUAUUAAAUUUCCAUGUGGACAUACUUGUAAAAAGAAAUGUCAUAAAUCUGAUCAUAAAUAAUAAGAUUGUUAAGAAUAAUGUAAUAAAUAAUUAAAAUGUGGUCAUUAUUGUCAUGGAUAAUGUAAUUAAAUUCAUUGUCCUCCUUGUAAAACAUUAAUAGAAAAGAAAAUUCAAUCUUGUGGUCAUAUUACUAAAGUAUUAUGUUCUGAUUAUAAUUUAAAUACCAAAUGUAGAGAAAGUUGUAAUAAAAUAUUAAAUUGUGGGCAUUAAUGUUCACUUAAAUGUAUGGAUGAUUGUAAAAAUAAUAAAUGUUUACAUUCUUUAUAAUAUAUAUUACCAAGAUGCAAACACUAAAUAUCUAUUAGAUGUGAUGAUUUAAAUUAUGUUGAUAAAUUGAUUUGUUCAUUUAAUUGUUAAAAUGUAUAAAUUUGUGGACAUUAUUGUAGUGGAACUUGUGGUGUUUGUUUCGAUAAAUUCCAUAAACCUUGUAUUCAAAAAUGUGAUAAACUCUAACGAUGUGGUCAUAAAUGUUAAUUAUUAUGUUCUCAAGAAUGUUAUAUGUGUUAAGAAUAGUGCUUAAUCAAAUGUAAUUGUAAUAUAAGAUGUAAAUACAAAUGCAAUCAGGAAUGCUAUCAAUGCACAAGGCCUUGUUCUUUGAAAUGUUAGCAUUCUUAAUGUAAUAACAAAUGUUAUCAAAUUUGUGAUAGAUAACCAUGCAAUCACAGAUGCACCUAAACUUUGUAAUGUGGUUGUUAAUGUAUGGGAUUUUGUGGAGAAGUGUGUCCAUCAGUUUGUUAGGUUAAAUAACAUAAUAAUUAAUUUGCUGAUAAGAAUACUAUUUAUUAUUAAUUGGAAUGUGAAUGUAAUUUAACUGUUGAAGCAGAAUUUUUAGAUUAAUAUUUUGAUAAAGAAUAAGAAAAUUUUAUUCAUUGUCCUAAGUGCAAAUAAAUAAUUUGGAAGAGUAGUAGAUAUUAAAAAUAAGUUAAAGAAUCAUUAAAGUGGUUUAAUAAGUUAAAAUAAGAUAAUAUUAAAAAAUAUGAUAUUACAAAUGAUAAAAUCUAGAAUGCAAUUAAUCUAGUUAAUUAAAAGCUCUAAUUUAUUUAAUAAAAUAAGUUAAAAGACAAAGAUAGCUUUUUAGAUAAUAUAUUAAAGGAAUUAAAAAAUGAAAGUAAAUUAACUAGUUCAGGGAGAGAUUCUAAGAUGCCCUAUCACUAUUUUAAAUGUAUUAAAAAUUAAAUGAAAUGCUAUGAAAAGUCUGUUAAGUUGAUUCAAUCUCUAAAUGACAGUUUAAUAUUUCAGUUUCAUAAACAUAAUUUGAUUACAGAAUAUUUAAUGAAUGAAAAUUUUAGAAUCAAUCACUCUAAAGCCUUCUGGUGGAAAGUAUUAUUCAAACUAGACAAUCUUUUGUUAUUUUAAUAAAGUCUUAAUUUGUUCCAAAAUACAAAAAAUAAAUAAUUUUAAGAUAUUUCCUUUGAAAUUGAAGAUUCAAACUUUUUUUUGGAUGAUCAAAAAAAAUAAGAAUUUGAGAAGAUCCUUAAUAAACCUCUAUAAUGA